UACACAGCGGCCGUAAAAAAAAAUCAAAAAGCCGAAACCCUAAGAGAAAAACAGAAAUCACCCAAUUUCAUCACUUCCUGUCCUCAUUCUCAUUCAUUAUCCCCUUUCUUCUUCAACCUUCUUCGUCGCGCCAAACCCUCUGCGGAGAAAAAUAAAUUCAAACCUUUUUGAUUUCGUCUUCCUCAUUAUUCCUAGCAUUCAUUCUCUGUUUUACCAGGUUGUUAAUCUACUGAAGCUAGGAAGACCUUAUUUGCAUUCUCUUGCAUGAUUCAAAUUCGCGCCAUUUCACUUUUACGCAUGAGUCAAUUGACAAGAUAUCAAGAGCCUCGCCAGCACGAAGGUGCUGAAAGUCAUGUUUGUGGGAUUAGGAAAUGUACCACUGUGGGUGUCAUCGGUGAAGAAUCUUUAUCCACUUAAUAAUCACGACCUUUUGGCAAGGGAAAGCUUAAAUUUGCCUUGCUAGUUGCGUUUGGAGCUGCAAUUCUGCACUUGCCCAGAACUCUUUUUUCUUUCUUUUUUGCAUUUUUUACUAGUUCUUAAAGUUUGGAGGUUACAAUCAAAUGUCAGAAGGCAAUAUGGCAAUAAUUAAACCAGAGGCUAUGAAGUCUUAUAUUUGGAUACAAACUUCUGAUGGCUCAAUCCAGCAAGUAGAAGAAGAGGUUGCUAUGUUCAGCCCAAUGAUUUGCAGGGAAGUGCUACAAAAUAGCAUGGGAUCAACUAAGAACUGCGCUAUUUCACUUCCCCAACGAGUAAAUACAGCUAUAUUAAGCUUAAUACUCGAUUAUUGCCGGUUCCAUCAAGUACCGGGUCACUCUAAUAAGGAGCGUAAAUCUUUUGAUGAGAAGUUCAUCCGAAUUGAUACAAAAAGGUUAUGUGAGUUGACGUCUGCUGCUGACAGUUUACAACUAAAACCUUUGGUUGAUCUCACCAGCCGAGCUCUUGCUCGGAUGAUUGAAGGGAAAACACCUGAGGAGAUUCGUGAGACAUUUCACUUGCCUGAUGAUCUCACAGAGGAGGAGAAGCUGGAGCCUUUAAGAAACACAGCUGAUGAUCCGCGAAUCAGGCUGCUUAAUCGACUUUAUGCCAGAAAGAGGAAAGAAUUAAAGGAGAAGGAAAAGCAGAAGACUGCUGAGGUUGAAGAAGAGCGGGUGGACGAACGCUCAGUUGAUGAACUGUUGUCGUUUAUCAAUGGUGGAGGCGAAGAUUCGAAGGCGGCUAAAGCUCCUAAACAUAAAAAGAAAAACCGUAAAAAGAAAGAUCAGCCAAAAGACCCAUGUUUGAACAAUGGUAAAGAAAAGAAGGAAGCUGAUGCUCUUCCUUCUGCACGCUUAAAUGGUGAAAUCAGCAUCAGUUCUAGUCAGACUUCAGAAUUCCUAGAUUUAGCAGAUGACUUAACUAAAAUUGAUUUUGAUGAUGAUAUCGACGACGAUGAGCUAGACCCCGCGAUGAAGGAAGAACUUGAUAGGGAAGUAGAGGAUUUUGCUAGGAGAUUGAAUUCAGAUUGGCCCGAAAGAAUGCAGGAGAUCCUGUCAUUAGGUCAAGAAGGAAGGCUUGCUCCCAUUUCGUUGAAUGGAAACGGUUCCUUGAGGAGAUACCCUAGUAGGCUAGACCAGAGAUGAGUCCAUUUGCUUGGGGGUGGGUCCAGCGAUUCGAAAAAGCCUGUUGGCGCUAAGGCUACUUACAAAAAUAGAGAUUUCGAUGCUGUUUCCAAAGAUCUUGUAUGUAUGUUUUCUUGUUCUUUGGAAAUAUACUUUACUGAAAUUUUGAAUCCUCGGCGCAAGGACCUAUGUAAUGUUCAAAAUGAUAGAGAAAAAUGCAGGUCUUUAGUUUUUAACUUUACCAAAAUUCAAGUCAAAUAUAAGUAGUUUAGAUUUCCAAAUUUUGUCCUGGCCCCGGAGGUUCUUCUCUUGCAUGAAGCCGUCAACUUGAUAAGGCCGUCCGUGACGGAUUUGUUGUGGCUGGGGGUUAAUUCUAUGCAUCACAAAUUGAUAGGUGUACGGAUUUUUCUUUUCAUGAAUGAAAUAAAUAAUUUUAUAGGUACCAAUACAAGUUGUAACGCAGGCGGAUUUAAUUGUAUUUUCCUGGGGUUACAAUGUCAUAUGUUCAUACUUUGUA